AUGUUUGGAAAAAAGAAGAAGCGGCUGGAGAUUUCAGCCCCCUCCAACUUUGAACACAGGGUACACACAGGGUUUGACCCGCGGGAGCAGAAGUUCACUGGACUUCCUCAGCAAUGGCAGAGUCUUCUGGCAGAUACAGCCAACCGGCCCAAACCCAUGGUGGAUCCCUCGUACAUCACCCCCAUACAACUGGCCCCAAUGAAGACCAUUGUCCGCGGGAGCAGGCCACCCAAAGACGCCUCCAUCAAUGGCCUGCUGGAGGAGUUUGACAGCAUUUCUGUUACACGCUCCAACUCUCUCCGUAAGGAGAGCCCACCAGGAGCCCACCAGACCAGCGCCAGCAAGCAGCCUUCAGCGAAUAUAGCUAAUCCCAGCACCACAGGGCCCGAGGAGAACGGCUUUAGCCACUAUUACGCCCGCUACUCCUGUGACCUGGACAGCAGCAAAGACUUUUCUCAGGAACCCUACCGGGACAAGGGCGGCUAUGAUAGUGAGUGGGCAAUAGGCCGGCACUACCGUUUCUCUGUCAAACAGAAUGGGCACUCCAUCCGAAGCCCAUUCUACCCAGACGCCAUGCCACAGAAAUCAUCUGAUUAUGCCAAGAUGCCCCCGGACUACCACACCUACCUGGAGAGCAAAGUGCGGUUGUCAUCGGACGAGAUGGCGACUGGGGGCAGGGACUAUUACCGUGCCUCUCUGGGUGGAUCCAGUCAGGACUACCGCGAUCAGCCACUUGGGACGCCGUCACGCGCCUCCCUCCACAGUGAGCAGAUCAACUACCCUGAUGGAGACUACGGGGUCUAUGGUCCACCACUGAGAGACGAGUACGAUAAGAGGCCCAAAUCCUCAUAUAUCACCCAGACCAGCCCCCAGCCAGCCAUACGCCAGCGCUCCAGGUCUGGCUCUGGCCUUCAGGAGCCCAGCCUCCCCUAUAGCAUUAGUGCAUUUAAGGCCUCACCACAGGGCCACCCCUUCAGUUCUUAUACCUACCCCCGCCUGUCGGAGACUGCAUCGGCCUCGCAGGUCAUUGACUACGACAGGUUGUCACGGGAUGGGAGCCCGCAGGUACCAGGGGUAGAAACGUAUCCCCGAGGUCCCUUUAAACUACCUCAGAGUCAUCAUCCUAAACCCAGUUACCCUCCCAGCUUUCAGUAUCCACCAACCUUCCACUACAAAUCUUCUCCUUACCACCAUCCCCCCUCUCAGCCCAGCCCACCCUACACCCCACAGGGGGCACACUCACAACCCUCUUCCCCAUACAUCCCUCCUGGGGCCUACCCUCCCCCAAGCUGGGGCUCUUCCUCUGAACAGCCACCCUCACGGGUAUCCCACGAGCAGUUUCGCGCAGCGCUGCAGCUCGUGGUGAAUCCGGGGGAUCCACGGGAAUACCUGGAUAACUUUAUUAAGAUAGGAGAAGGUUCCACAGGCAUAGUAUGCAUCGCCACGGAAAAACACAGCGGCAAACAGGUCGCAGUGAAAAAGAUGGACCUGAGGAAGCAACAGAGACGAGAGCUUCUCUUCAACGAGGUUGUCAUUAUGAGGGACUAUCACCAUGAGAAUGUGGUGGAUAUGUACAACAGUUACUUGGUUGGAGAUGAACUGUGGGUUGUCAUGGAGUUCCUGGAGGGUGGAGCCCUGACAGACAUUGUCACUCAUACCAGGAUGAAUGAGGAACAGAUAGCUACUGUGUGUUUGUCUGUACUGAGAGCUUUGUCCUACCUCCACACACAAGGCGUCAUUCACCGAGACAUCAAGAGUGACUCCAUCCUUUUAACCAGCGAUGGCAGGAUAAAACUCUCUGAUUUUGGCUUUUGUGCCCAAGUGUCCAAAGAAGUUCCAAAGAGGAAAUCUUUGGUGGGGACUCCGUAUUGGAUGGCGCCAGAGGUCAUUUCCAGACUACCAUAUGGAACUGAGGUGGAUGUGUGGUCUCUGGGGAUCAUGGUGAUUGAGAUGGUGGAUGGAGAACCUCCUUACUUUAAUGAGCCUCCCCUGCAGGCCAUGAGGAGGAUCCGUGACAACCUGCCCCCUCGUCUAAAAGAGUCCCACAAGGUGUCAUCUGUUCUUCGAGCUUUUUUGGACCGGAUGUUGGUGAGAGAGCCGUCUCAACGUGCAACGGCCCAAGAGCUCUUACAACACCCUUUCCUCAAACUCUCAGGCCCCCCCUCUUGCAUCGUUCCACUAAUGAGACACUACCGUCACCGCUGA